UUAUUCGUCGACGGGCAGCCAAGAAGGCCGCACGUAAACGCAACGUAGUCGCGUUAAUUAAUUAUUUAAUUGUAUCAUUUGAACAACACAAUCGGCCGACGUUUGUCUGACAAAACAACAAGAACGAACAACGAAGCCGAUUGUCCAAGUCAAGGAGGAAGGUAGCCGUGUAUCGUCGCGCUGCCAAGUUUCGCUUGGCACGUAUUCACACACACAACCCAUCAAACAUAACCAUCCAGAAUGAACACCCGAGUAUUCGUUGGUGGAUUAGCUACCCGGGUGCGAGAGCGCGACCUAGAGAAGUUCUUCCGGAAAUUUGGUAGAAUCAGGGAAAUCGCUAUGAAGAGUGGAUUUGCCUUUGUGGAAUUUGAUGACUACAGAGAUGCUGACGAUGCCGUUUAUGAGCUAAAUGGCAAGGAACUCCUGGGAGAAAGAAUAACCGUUGAGAGAGCUAGAGGCACGCCCCGUGGUAGCGAUCAGUGGCGCUAUGGUGACUCCCGCGGUGGAUACGGAGACUCGAGGCGUUCCGCAUAUGGACCUCCAACCAGAACGGAACACCGCCUCACUGUCGAGAAUCUCUCAAGUCGUGUCAGCUGGCAGGACUUGAAGGAUUACAUGAGAAAAGCUGGCGAAGUAACUUAUGCUGAUGCCCAUAAACAACGCAGAAAUGAGGGAGUUGUUGAGUUUGCUACCUACUCCGACAUGAAGAAAGCCCUAGAGAAGCUUGACGAUACCGAGUUGAACGGACGCAGAAUCCGUUUGGUUGAAGAUAAUCGUCGUGGACGUCGUUCGCGCUCCUCUAGCUCGAGAUCACGCUCGAGGUCAAGGUCGCGCUCACGCAUACGUUCACGGUCUCGUUCAAGGAGCCGCCGCAGCUCUCGUAGCCGUAGUCGUCGCAGCAGCCGUUCCAAAUCGAAGGCACAUUCAAAAUCCAAAUCUAAGUCCAAAUCCAAGUCUCCUGAGCGAAGCCGCUCGCGUUCCAAGUCCAAGUCACGCUCCAAGUCCAAGGAUCGCUCAAAGUCAAAGAGCAAAUCCAGGUCCCGCUCCAGAUCAAAAAACGAUAGAUCCAAAUCUAGAUCUCAGUCCAAAUCAAAAGCCAAGUCUCCUUCAAAGGAGAGAUCGCGUGAGAGCCGCGAGCGAUCGCGAGACAACAGAUCCCGAUCAGCCUCAAACGGCAGCAAACACAGUAAGAGUCGCAGCCGCUCUCCAUCCCCCAUGAACGGCGAUAAGUCACCCGAGAAGAAGGACGAUUGAAUCACUCAUGAACUUUUGCGCAUCUGAACUCAAUAAAGACAUUAACUAUUAUAUAUAUAUACAAUUUCUUUACCGACUAUCUUAUUCUUCUAAGAUUAGUACUAGUGGAACAACUGAGAUAUUGGUUGAUGUUGCUAGAAGUAGCCGGCUACAUCAAGCAGCAGAAAUCGAUAGAGGAAACAACUCGAAGUGUCUUGCUGUAUUGAUGUAUAGUUUAUGUAUACUAUCGAUGAUAAGCUACUACUGGCUACAGCAAGACACUUCGAGCUGCUCCCUCUGUCACUUUCUGUUACUUGAUAUAACCGACUACGUCUAACAACGUCGAGCCAUAUCUUCGUUAAUCUACUAUGAACGAUCCCUUAGAAUUCUUGGACUUUUAAGAACUAGUAGUAAAAAAAAUUGUGAAUUAGCUGGUGUAGGAUUCAUUUUAAAUUAAGUUUAAUAUGGGCACCAUAUUUCACAGUAAUCUUAUUUAUUGUAAAAAAAUUACUUUGGAAUUUUAUUUAAAACCUAUUUCCGUUAGAAAUAACUUUAAUUGUUCGAGAGUGAUGCAUAACUAUUCUCAAGCAACUUGAAAACAAAAGUAUGACUGUAAUUUGUGUAUGCAACAAUUGCAAGCGUAUCUGAUUUAUUUUUCAAGAGGAAAAAAAGAAAUAGGGGUCAAAGUUUUCUUUAAAUCACCCCACAAUUGUCAUGAAUUCCUGGCUUUUUGUAUAUAUAUCCUCCCCUCCCCCCAUUGCAGUACAUUAAGUAAUAUGUGAUGUGUAUUAAUUAUAGUGUUAAGAUUUACUGUCAUGAAUAAAAAAGUCAACCACAAUUAAAUUGUAUUUUAAAUUUCAGUUGCAUAAAAGUUAAUCUUGUUAAUUAGAGUGUACUGUUUAAUGAUUACAACUCCUAAAUUAAUUAAUUAUACCUAAUAAUCUUCAAUCGUCGCAAGAACAGUGCGUUAAUUUUUUUCAUCUAAAUAUUAAAUUGCGCAUUACUCAUCUUUCCCUCUUAUAAUUGAAAAUUACAAUAACUUUAUAGUAGCAAAAAGUUGUGAUUUUACAUCAGCCACUUUGCGAAACAUCCAAUUGAUUUUAUUGAGUUUCUAAUACUUACAAAUUAUAGUUUUUGAAAAUAAAAAGUCAUUUUAUAAAACCAGAA